AUGGACCGUUCUUUAGAAAACACAAUCCGAUUACUCUUGGAUUCUGGAAAAGAUGCAUACGACAUUUUGGAAAUCGAUAGGAAUGCUUCGAAUGAGGUGAUUAGGUCUGCAUAUAGAAAGAAGGCUUUAAAGUUUCAUCCGGAUAAGAAUAAUGGAAUUGAUGUUAAUGAUCGAUUUAAAUUUGUCAGUCUUGCAAAUAUAGUACUAUCGAAUGAUAUCAUUCGAAAAGAAUAUGACAUAGAAGUGGAAAAGAGAAAAAUCUCAACAGAGAAUACGAACCCUUCAGUUCACAAGUUUAAAUCUGAUUUGAGGAAUAGAGAAUCACGGUAUAAGGCUGAGCAGCAGGAGCAGUAUGUUUUACGCCAGCAGGCGGUGAAUUUGUCAGACCGGUUUGAUGAUUAUUUGAAACAUACUAGUACGUAUCCUUCGAUUAAUCACGAGAAAAAUCGAGAUAGAGCCUGUAAGAUAGUAUCUGUCAAGUGGAAAAAUAAAGUGGUUUUUGAUGAGAACUUAUUAAGUAAACUUAUGGGAGUUUUUGGUCCCGUAGAAAAUGUAACAACAAAUCCUGGGAAUAAGGUGGAAGAUAAUUAUCACUAUGCAAAAGUUGAAUUCAAGUCAUCAGUUGGAGCGUCUCUUGCAGCAACGCAUGACUAUUCGGUAACCACAGACCAUUGGAACCACCUCAAUCUACGCAAGGUAUCUAGUCUCUUGAGAAGUGCCACAUUGCUAGAAGCGUAUGAUAACCAAUUAGAAAAUGAAAAUCCGUCAGAAUUAUCAUACCUUGAUUACAUCUCAUACAGUAUUUUAGCAAGAGCUUAA